AUGGUGGCACUGGGGAAGUUUGACGCACUGCACCGCGGCCACCUGGCGCUGGCCGCUGCAGCGGCGGCGCUGGGCGGUUCCCCGCUGCUGCUGUCGUUCAGCGGCAUGGCGGAGGUCCUAGGCUGGCCGCAGCGGCUGCCGCUGGUUGCGCCCUGCGACAGGUCGCGCGUGCUGGCGCUGUGGGCUCGCGAGCUAGCCGCCCAGCAGCAGCAGCAGCAGCAGCAGCAGCAGCAGCAGCAGCAGCAGCAGCAGCAGCAGCAGCAGCAGCACACGCCAGUGCGGCAGCGCUACAUCCCGUUCUCUGCUGUUCGCAGCCUGAGCCCCGAGGCGUUUGUGGCACUGCUGGCGGAGGACCUGGGGGCGGCCGGGGUGGUGGCCGGUGUCAACUACCGCUUUGGCUACAAGGCGGCUGGUGAUGCAGCGGCACUGCAGCGGCUGGCGGCGCAGGCCGGGAUGGCGUGCACUGCGGUGCCGCUUGUGGCCUGGCCGCACGGCGGCGGGGGGGAGUGGGCCAGCGGUGGCGAAUCGUGUGACAGUGAUGGCCUGGAGGGGCCGACGACGGUGUCGUCGUCGCGGGUGAGGGCCCGCACUGCUGUCUGA